AUGAUUCAUCCGCUUGCCAUCCUCUCCGAGGCCGAAACCAACCUCGCCCGGGACAUCGUCAAGGCAGCGCACCCGAACACGGUGAUUGAUUUCCGAGAGAUCUUUCUCCAGGAACCGCCCAAGGCCCAGCUUGUGGAGUUCCUCGCUCUUGAACAUGCCGGUCGCUUGAGCCCAACCACUCCUCGGCCACCUCGUCUGGCACUUUGUCAGUACGAUGUCAUUGGAGCAGAUCGCAUUCCCCAGUUCCAUGAAUCGGUCGUCGACGUGGUUUCCCGAUCACGAGUGAAGCAUACCGUGGUUGGCAAACAACACCAUGCCAGCUUGACAUUGAGCGAAUUCGAUGUUCUAGUCGAUCGCUGCAUGAAUUCACCAUUGUUCCAGGCAGCCCUGGCCGAGUUCAAGCUGCCAGAGGGAUUCGAAGUCGUAAUUGAGCCAUGGCCCUAUGGCGGUUUGGAUCAUACCGAUGAGAACCGUCGUUACUUCCAAGGUCUCUGCUUCGCUCGGGAUACACGAUCGGGCAACCCAGACUCUAACUUUUAUUCUUUCCCCCUGCCCGUGAUUCCCGUCAUGGAUGCACACACGCAAGAAAUCAUCCGGGUAGACCGACCGGCAACGGGUGGCAAGGGUGACGGUUUGACAGAACAAACCUUCAAGACGGAUAUCAUUGGUCACUGCAAGCCCUCUGAAUACGUUCCCGAGCUUCUCCCAGAGGGCACUCGGAAGGACCUCAAACCUUUGAACGUCGUGCAGCCCGAGGGCCCAUCAUUCCGCGUGACGAAUGAGUCGUUGGUGGAAUGGCAGAAAUGGCGCUUCCGUGUUGCUUUCAAUCCCCGCGAAGGCGCAACGAUUCAUGAUGUCUGGUAUGAUGGGCGCAGCGUGAUGCAUCGUCUGGCGGUCAGCGAAAUGACUGUCCCAUAUGCCGACCCUCGUCCGCCAUUCCAUCGCAAGCAGGCCUUUGACUUUGGUGACGGUGGUGGUGGAAACAUGGCCAACAACCUUUCCUUGGGCUGUGACUGCCUCGGUGUGAUCAAGUACUUUGAUGCCGUGAUCACACAGGCCGAUGGUACCGCGCAAAAGUUGCCCAAUGCCAUCUGUCUCCAUGAGCAGGAUAACGGCAUUGGUUGGAAGCACUCCAACUGGCGCACCGGUCGCGCCGUGGUCACGCGUCACCGAGAGCUUGUAGUCCAAUUCAUCAUCACCCUGGCCAACUAUGAGUACAUCUUUGCCUACAAGUUUGAUCAAUCUGGUGGCAUCACUGUGGAGGCAAGAGCAACUGGUAUUCUCAAUGUCGUCAACAUUGAUGCGGGCAAAGUCAGCGAGUAUGGUAAUGUCGUGAGCGGCGGUGUUCUUGCGCAAAAUCAUCAGCACAUCUUCUGUGUGCGCAUUGAUCCAGCCGUGGAUGGCUCGAACAACUCUGUCGUGGUCGAAGAGUCUCACCCCGUCCCAAUGAAUGCCGUCACCAACCCCCAUGGCAACCUUUACCAAGUCACGAAGAAGACCAUUGAGCGAGCCACAUAUCUUGAUGCCGCACCCGAGCAUAACCGCACAAUCAAGAUGAUCAACCCUCACAAGACUAAUCCCAUCAGCGGGAACCCGGUCGGUUACAAAUUCAUUCCCUUGGCAACGCAACUACUACUCGCGGACCCCGAGUCCGUUCAAGCCCGCCGCGCUCAAUUCGCUCAACAUCACGUCUGGGUCACCAAGCAUCGGGAUGGAGAGCUCUACGCCGGUGGACGCUACACCCUGCAAAGUCAAUUCGAGGUUGAGGGUGUCGCUGAUGCCGUUCGUCGAGGUGACGCGGUGGCAGACACGGAUGUGGUCGUGUGGAACUCCUUUGGCAUCACACACAACCCGCGUGUUGAAGAUUGGCCCGUCAUGCCGGUUGAGAUUUUCCAAUUGAUGAUCCGCCCGGCGGACUUCUUUGUGGCUAACCCUUCGAUCGAUGUGCCAUCGAACAAGAAUGGCUCUUCCCGGCUGGCGGAUUCGGAAUGUUGCCGCAAGGCGCAUAUUUAG